UGUACUUCGUCAUCAAAAGUGUUGGUCAGUUCGGAACUUUUUCAACAUUCGGAUGUUUUUGGAGUCUUCUUCCACAACACAUUUGGCAGUGAAAUUUUAGCUGAAAUGGAUUCAGACUCUGACCAACCUUGUAAGAAAAGAUGCACAGAAAGGGAUAAAGUUCAGAGUGAAAGUGCAGAUGAGGGCAAAGUUCAAGUAAAAGCUACUGAUGCUGCAACCUGCACUAUGGGAACUGACAGUAAUGCAAACAGUAAUACAUGUACAGAAAAUACAGACAGAGGUUCAAGGUCACAGAGUCCAGAUGAAGAUGAUAAUAUGCAGGGUUGCCAUAACAACUUACAGGAAGUUGAUGAAGAUUCAAGGUCAAGUUCAAGGUCAGGUAGUGAAGAGGCACCAAUGCCAUCUGAUAUACUUGUUGACUGGGUAACAUCACAAAAUAUAUCAUCUUUUACAAAACCCAGUCAACCUUGUCGAGAUGUGGAAAGUAUGCCAAGUUGUUCUCAUGACACUAGAUUUAGUCGGAAUAGAAGUCCUGCUAACAUUGUUGUUGAUGAUACAGGGGAGAUAAUCCCUGUUGAGAACUUGAAUUCCUCCUCAUCAGACAGUGAUAGUUCAGAUAAUCAAAUAGACUCAGCUACAUGUAGAUCAGAUAGGUCGGAAUCAACAUUCAAAAUUCAGCCAAGUCGUCAUACUGAAAUGACCUUGACAUUUGGUGGUACUGGGUCAAGGUCAAACAUGACUCAUACAGUGUUACUAGGAGAUGGUUAUAAUAGUCGUCAAUCUGUUAAAUAUGUAUUUAACUUUAGAAGCAUGUCUGAUUCAGCUACACAGACUGAUUCAUUGAAUCGAGAAACAACAAUUAACAUGAUUAAUACGGCUGAAGAUCAAAAUGGUUCACCUUAUUUUCUACUCAAGGGAGACGACUCCUCAAACAAUGCUGAUACACAGUUUCAGUCAAGUAUAAACAGACUGCCGAUGAAUAUUUUACUGCAGAUAUUUAAAUCUUUAACAAUGUGUGAACUAUUAUGUCAGGCAAGCUUGGUGUGUAAAACAUGGUAUAACCUGUGUCAUGACCCUGACCUCUGGAGAUCAAUUGAUCUAAGUCAUCAGCACAGAGCAGACGAUAAUGUGUUGUCACGCUUGACUUCAUACAGUGAUAGAGUGACCAAUAUAAAUCUGGAAGACACUAAGAUACUUACCAGUCAUGGAAUCAGCCUGGUUUGUGUCAAGUGUAAACAUCUGCAAAAACUGAAGUUAACCAGAUGUUUUUCAGUAGAGAAUGAUGUACUUAUGAUGGUAGGGACGUCAUGUAAGAAUCUACAGUGUUUAUAUCUAGAUGGUUGUUAUAGAAUCAGUGAUCAGUGGACCUGUAGUGUUGGAGAAGGUUGUCAACAGUUAAAGGAGUUAGUCCUGAGUCGCUGUAGUCAGAUGACUGAUGUCGGAAUUAGUAGGAUUGCUGAAAACUGUCAUAACUUAGAAAAUAUUAUACUGGAUCAUUGUAAUAAGGUUACAGAUCAAUCUGUGAGAAUGUUGGCAGAAAACUGUCCCGAACUCAAGACAUUGUCAUUGGCAAAUUGUAACAUCACAGACACUGGAAUAUGUUCUAUAUAUAGGAUGAAGAAAUUGGAAUACCUAGAUAUAUCCAAUCUGCCUGGUGGUAGUAUUACUGCAGCAAUCGUCUCACAGCUUACAAGGAAGUGUGAUAACCUGGAGUGUUUAAACCUUUCACUGAACCUGACUAUAGAUGACAGAUGUAUACAGGAAGUGGUUAGAUAUGGGCAGAAGAUAACAAAACUGUUUUGUGUUAACUGUAGUUUAAGUGAUGAAGGUUUAAUGGGCAUAGCAUCACAUGGAAGGAAUAUAGUAAAAUUAGACUUGGGUUGGUGUAAAGAUAUUACUGACCGUGGAAUAUGGGCGGUCACUGAAAACUGUCCUGCUCUAAAAUAUCUAGGACUUAUUAGAUGUGAUUCAGUAUCAGAGAAAGGAGUUGAGGCCAUGGUGGAUAAAUACCCUCACAUCCAGUUCUCAACGUUCUUUAUGGAGUCAAGAAAAUUGAUUCAGAAAGCUAUCGCUAAUGGUUUUAAGUUUAUGGCGGAGACAGAGCAGAAUAAAUAAUUUACAAACUUCUUGGUGAAGUGCUGAAACUUUGCUGUAAAGAUGUUUGUACUUGAUUAAAAUAAACUGCAGGAUAUAACCCUAGUUUUCACGCACUAAUGCAGAGAUGGAGCAUAAAAGAUACAUUUAUUUUAUAUAAAUAUUUCUUAAAAAUGUGCAGACAGUUUGCUAUACAGGUGUCUGUACUUGAAUCAUUAAAUUUUCACAGAUGCCAGCUUAUGGGAAUUACCCUAUUUUGAAAAGAAUCAAGCCCUGAAAUCAUGUUAUUUUGGUCAGCUAUCUUUGUUGUAAAUAUUGAUGAGACAGCCAAGAAACAACAUAAAUAAGUAGAGGUCAACAUAAGCUCUUCAAAUGUAAAAAGAACAUGACAAGCUCUAGUUUUUAUUGCAUUAAAUCAUAAAGAUUUACCGUCAAUGCAAAAAUUUCUUAAUGGACAAAGACAUAUAUAUAGAAUAUUUAUAUUUAUUUUUUUGUGCAUUUGAUAUUGCAUUUUUUUAUGAAGGGACAAAAAAGUGAGAAUAAUUAUUGUGAUUUAAGGAAAAACUGCAUACAGUUAUAUGUAUCAGAUAUUAGACUGCAAGUUCUUAUAAUUUUGAUUAACAAACAACUGAAGAGGUCACUUUUUAUGGAUGGACAAUUAUUUUGAUUUGUGGCUUCUAAAUGCAAUCAUGAUAUUCUGAAUGGUUACUUAAAAAAAGUAUGGAAUGUUUUUUUAAUUCUGCAUUUUAUUGAUGAAUAUGUGUUUUUUUUGUAGCCAUUUUGGCAUCAUUUCAUUCAAAUUCAGAAAAAAAACUGUGCACAAAUCUCAAGAUUCAGGCUACUUGAGCAUGUUGAGUUCUAGAUUUUGAAACUUUGUGUACUAUUUAAUGGGGAAAAAUUGACAUCAGUGAACCUAAUCCAUCAGUGAUAAAUCCAGGGGAGGAUACAGUGCUUAGACCCCCCUUUUAUUUGAUGAUCAAUGGUUAUGAAUGUGGACAUUUUUAAAAACAUGGCUGGAAUGGCCCUGUCCAUGCUUAUAAUAUGCAGUGUCAGACAUUGAACUGAUCAUGAAAAUCAUGAUAUAAUGACUAGCGCUUAGGUUUGUUUUAAAGCUUUUGCUUAUAUCUUUACCCAGAAUAGAUGAGACUUUAUUUGUAUUCCAAACAAAACAUAAAAAAAGAAGAUGUGGUAUGAUUGCCAAUGAGACAACUAUCCACAAAAGCCCAAAAUGACACAAACAUUAACAACUAUAGGUCACCGUACGGCAAAGCCCAUACCGCAUAAAGUAAGCUAUAAAAGGCCCCGAUAAGACAAUGUAACACAAUUCAAACGAGAAAGCUAACGGUCUUAUUUAUGUAAAAAACAUGUUAACUUAAUGUAACAAAAGUUCAAUUUUACACAUCAAUUUUUAUGAAGCUAUUACAUUAUUUUUUUUAUGGAAACAGUGAUUGUAUAAUAAAAGACUUGUUAAAUUAUGUAUAUGUAAAACUCUUGUUUCUGUUUCAUGUUAAUGACAGAAUUAAAUUAUUUAAAUCAA